AUGCAGGAAACAGAGCCAGAUUUUAAUCAUUGUGCUGUGUGCAUUGAAGGUUAUCAGCUAAACGAUGUGGUCCGCAUCCUACCUUGCAAGCACGUCUUCCAUAAAAUCUGUGUGGAUCCGUGGCUAAAUGAGCACUGCACCUGUCCUAUGUGUAAACUCAACAUUCUCAAAGCUCUGGGAGUUAUGCCCAACCUGCCCUGCGUGGACAACAUGGCUUUUGACAUGGAUCGGAUGUCCCGCAGUCAGACUUCCAGCCAGAGGACAGCGCUGGUGGACUUGUCCUCUGAGACCAGCAUUAGUCUGGAGCCCCUACGUCACUCCAGUUCUUCCCAGCUUCCCUCCGACGAAGAGCUCAUUCCUCGCUCUGGAGAGAUCAACAUUUCUGUCACUAAAGAGUGGUUUAUUGUUGCCAGCUUCGGCAUCCUCUCUGCUCUCACACUUUGCUACAUGAUCAUCAGAGCCACUGCCAGCAGCCCCACCUAUGAACUGAAGUUGGAAUGAAGAUUUUUUAUUUUUUUGUGGUGUCCUGAUUUCUAAGACAGAAAUGCAUCCUGAAAAACGAAGUUGCCGAUUGCACUUCAAGUCCAUUUCUUGCACAUGCAUUGGUAGUGUUAAUAGAGCUAACUUCCAACUCUGUAGACAUGAGCACAUUCAGAGCUUUUCACUGGGUGAUAUUGCUAAUGAACUUCUUGUUUUACUCAAUUGCUGUAAUUAAUA